AUGGCUCUCAUCACCGCCACCGCGCGCUUAAACGUCUCCGCGAAGACGCCCGCCACCGUAUGCCCGCGCGCGGCGCGACAGCUCGCGCGAGGCGCCCACAUCGUCCGACGCGCCGGUUCGGAAGACGAGGCGAAAGAUUCCUCGGCGUACCGCAGCGAAGAGAAGCCCGAGCUCGGCGGGUUAAUCGGAAAGCUCGUGGAGAGCUUGCCGGACGGCCGCAAAGAGACGGCGCCGGAGAGUUACGGCUCGCGACCGGAGAGUAAGACGCUGAAGGAGGGUCGAUACGCGCGCGGUGACCCGAUUCGCUCUGGUCAAGUGCGCGAAGACACGAUUCGGGGAGAGGAUUUCGAGGUAGUGGAAAGCUCGGGACCGAGCGUGACGACGCUCGUGACGCUCGCCGUCGGAGCGGCGGUCUUGUUCGGCGUGUACAAGGUGGUGGAUCUCUUACAAGAGGCACCGGUAGAGAAGCGCGCGACGAGCGCGAGAAUGCCCGCGACCGAUAAGCCCGCACCCGCGCCCAAAGUGGCGGAGACCUCGUCGACGAUCACGACGGACGCGGCGUUGACCGCGCCCGAGCCCGCCGCGUGA